AUGGAGGGCCUUGACUUGGUUUUGAAGAAGCUCGAGGCGUUCACGGCCGCCGAUUUUGAGGGUUACAAUACAGAGAGGCUGAAAAUGCUAGCGAGUGCUCGCAAACUAGUUAGCCGUCUACAGUCAAACGGAGAGAAGGCUUAUGAGAUCGCAUACCAACAGUCACUUGUAGACUCAGCAUUGAGAGUUUGCCUUGACAUUGGUCUUUGGCAUGGAUGGACGGCAGCUGGUGGAGGGGAAAAGCAGGUCGAAGAGUUGGUGGGACUUACCACGAAAACCUGCGAACUGAACCUACUUCGUCGCUUACUCCGACUCCUGGGCGCUGCAAAUAUCAUCGAAGAAACAGGGGAAGAUCGAUACAAACCGACUCAAUUCUCGCUAUCAAUCGGCGACGAUUCUACUUGUAUGGCACAAGCAAUCGUUUCGAAGACUGAUCAUUGGGACUUGUCCCACAUGAAUCUGCCGUCGUUUUUGGCCAAGACAUCGUAUCGGGAGCCCAAAGAUGCGAAGAAUACAAGCUAUAUCGACGCAAACCCGGAAAGAUUGCCUAUCUUUGACAGGUUCCUGACUAAGAAGAGCUACCGAGAUAGCCUUAGGGGUUUCUUGUUUGAGUACUCGAAGUACAGAGUUCCAUGGCCAGAGUUCUAUGAUACGGCGUCCCUCAUCGAAGGGGCAGACUUAUCCUCUGGCAGUCCACUCAUUGUCGACGUCGGAGGCCUCCAUGGCGCUGAUCUCCUCAAACUUUUGGAUAAGCAUCCAAAUCUACCGGCUGGCUCUCUGGUCUUGCAAGAUUUGGCUGGCGCCAUCUCCGGCCUCACUCUUAAUACAGACAAGAUAAAACUGAUGGAAUACAAUUUCUUCAAGCCCGAGCCACUUCACGGAAGCCGCGCAUAUUUCUUACACAUGGUACUCCACGACUGGCCGGACGAAUUGGUGACUCGGAUUCUGCAAAAUCUCAAGCCGGCAUUGAAGAAGGGAUACUCUAAAAUCCUCAUAUGUGAAAUUGUGAUGCCACGUACAGGGGCAAGCAUGUACCAGGCAUCCUUAGAUGUGGCCUUGAUGGCAAACCUUUCUGCUUAUGAGAGGACUGAAGCAGAAUGGAAGAAAGUAAUCAAUGAUGCGGGAUUAGAGAUGAUUUCUGUAACGAUGGAUCCCCGCGGAUUUGAGGGCGUGAUCGAGGUAGAGCUGGCAUAG